ACAUUACGUCAUUGGAUCUGAUUUUGUAUAGUUCUUAGUUUGAAAUGGAGCAAGUUUCGGAGCCAAAAUACGAAUGUCUUCUUUUUGAUGUUGACGAUACCCUCUAUCCUCUAAGUUCUGGUAUUUCUACAGAGUGUACCAAAAACAUCAUAGAAUAUAUGAUUAACAAACUCGGCAUAGAGGAGAAAAGAGUUCUACAAAUGUGUACUGAACUGUACAAGGAAUAUGGAACGACAAUGGCUGGUCUAAAGGCCAAGGGGUAUGACUUUGAUUACGAUGAUUACCACAGCUUUGUACAUGGGAGAUUACCGUACGAGUGGUUAAAAACUGACCAUACUUUAAGGAAUCUUUUACGUAGCCUGCCUUUUCGGAAAGUUAUAUUCUCAAAUGGAAAUGAAGCCCAUGUGGCUAAAGUUCUUAGCAGACUUGGCUUAGAGGACUGCUUUGACGAUAUUAUUUGUUUCGAGACAUUGAAUCCUAUUCACAAGGACAAGGACAAUGUACAACCUGAAAAUGAUUUUGAUGAAGUUCUGAAGACACCAAUUGUGUGCAAGCCAUUUCGAAAUGCCUUUGAACAAGCUUUUGAGAUUGCCAAAAUCGAUCCUAGGAAAACGCUGUUCUUCGAUGAUUCAAUCAGUAACCUACAGACUGCAAACAGCAUGGGACUUCAUACUGUUUGGGUGGGCGGCUCGCAUCAAUCAAAAGGAGUAGAUUAUGUGUUGGAAAGCAUUCACAAUAUGAGGGAAGCAUUGCCAGAGCUGUGGGGCGACAUAGAGAAGUCAGAAGAAGUUCCUUAUUCUGGAAAGGUUGCUAUUGAAACAUAUGUGUGAGCAUAGCUCCGCCUCCUCUUCGGCGCAAAAACACUAUGCGGUCCUUUUUUUCCCUUUCAGAUUUGCUCCAAUGUAUUAGUAGAAUUAAAACGUGAGGUGGGAUUUAUGCAUCCCCAACUCACAGUUCUGUUAACUAGAUGUGUAUAUCUUCAUGAGAUAAUAAAAAUGUUCAUUGAAUUUUCUGACAAA